AUGUCGCCGCCGCCCGGCCAGCCCUGCGGCCUGCCUCAAUCCCCCCACCAGCACCGCGCUACGAGAUCCAAGAACAGCAGAUGGCACUACCGUCGUAGGUGGGAAGAGCUCCCGCCGGACCUCCUGGGCCUCGUCCUCCAUCUCCUUCCAUCCCUCGCCGACCGCGUCCACCUCCGCACCAUCUGCCACCCCUGGCGCAUAGGCGCCCAGCCCCAGCGGCACAAGCCGCUGCCACUGCUGCUCCCGUGGCUCGCCCUCAUCGAUGGAACCCUCGUCGACCUCCACGGCACUCCCGUCCGCUGCGCGCCCAUCCUCCACGAGGGCGUCUUCUGCUACCUCUCCGUCGACAACUUGGCCUUCCUCAUGCACGGCGAUGGUGGAUGCUCUCUCAUGAACCCUCUCUCCAGCCUCACGCUCCAUCUGCCCAAGCUGGCCCCUGCUGUGAGCCGAGCGCUCGAAAAUUUAGCUUAUGAUCAGUCCUACGUCCGAAAGACGCACGCUAAGGUGAUCCUGUCCUUGCCACUCGAUUUGACGCCAAAUCCCCUUGUUGCGAUCAUAAUUAAGGAUGGAUUCAGCCUUGCUAUCUCUCCUUCCAUGGAUUAUGAUGCGAUCAGCAUUAGCUUGCCUCCGGAGAGGCCUGGGGGCCUUCCAACGAUGAUGAUCAGUGAUAUUUCCUUCUUCCACGGGGAGCUCUACACCCUCACUGUCUAUGAAGGCUUCACAUCAUCAACCUCGAUGUCGAUGGCCUCAGCAAGCCAAAUUUCUUUUAUCAGUGCAUCGCGGACGACCCCAAGCAACACCAAAUAUACAGUACCUACCAUCAGUGGCAGCAGCAAAUAUACUUUGAAGGAGUUGGGCGUGAUUCAGAAUACUUGGUGA